AUGCCUAGCAGUCAAAAAAUAGAAACCACGAAAAACACGAAACGCAAAUUACGUGACGAAAACAAGAAAAUAACAAACAACAUAUAUUCCUCUGUACAUAACUUUUACUUUUCUGUAUCUAUCUAUGUAUCUCUCUCUCUCUCUCUCUCUCUCUCUCUCUCAUCUAUUUAUCUAUAUUCAUAUCUAUCUAUAUCGUCAUUUUCAUAUCUAUCUAUCUAUCUUAUCUAUUCAUAUCAUCAUCUAUCUAUCUUAGUCUAUUCAUAUCUUAUCUAUCAUAUCUAUCUGUCUAUCUAUCUAUCUUCUCAUAUCAAUCUUUCUGUCUUUUUAUAUCUAUCUCAUUUUGUUGAUAUCUAUCUAUCUAUCUAUCUAUCUAUCUAUCUAUCUAUCUAUCUAUCUGUAAAUGAUUUAAACUGUUCUUCACUCUUUUUCACUUCUUCCGUUUUUUUUCUUUUUCAUUCUUUCCUUCUUGACCUUCUUCCUUCCUUCUUUCUUUCUCUCUUUCUUGGUUUUAAUUUUUCUUUAUUUUUUCUAUAG